AUGCCAGUCACGACAAUCUCCGUCGGUGCGGCUGUGACGCCCACGGUCAUCCAGACGUAUCUGUUGCACUAUCUCAAGCGCAAAGAUCUGCGUCAAAAGCCCACCGCGCACAUCUCUUACCACGAAGGUCUCGAACUUAUCCGCCGCUUUCUUCACUACGCGUCUUUCCAUACAGUGGAUGAGCUUCAAGCUUUCACCUCACAAUGGGUACCAGUUCCGCACUGGGUUCAUGUAAAAGAGGUCGAAAUACCGUCUGCCCAGCUACAGCAAUCUGCCAAUCACAUUACCGCACAACUUGGUCCAAGGGGCAUCAAGGCUGUUGGCGGAGCGACAUGGUGGCAGUGGAGGCGGGAAGGGACAGACUUGAAGGCCGAAUGGAUUGAGAUGCGCAAAGACCAUGACGCCCGGAAGCAGCUGAAUAUCACAAAGGGCGACCGUAUAAUGCUCUACGUGCAUGGGGGUGCAUACUUCUUUGGUAGCGUCGACGAACAUCGCUACCAGAUGCAGAGGCACGCACGCAAACUCAAAGCACGCGUUCUUGCACCAAAGUACCGGUUGGCACCACAAUAUCCAUUUCCUUGUGGCCUACAAGAUUGUCUCGCUGCAUACCUGUAUCUUCUUGACCAGAAGCAUGACCCUUCGACUAUCGUUCUCGCUGGUGACUCGGCAGGUGGUGGUAUGGUAUUGAGCAUGCUCGUGGUAUUACGAGAUCAGGGCAUAGCACUGCCAGCUGGUGCCAUCUUGAUCAGUCCAUGGGUAGACCUUACCCACAGUUUUCCAAGUCUAGCGGGCGAUGACAAGCUGGACUAUAUCCCGUCACAUGGCUUCAUCCACAAACCCAGUAUGAGUUGGCCACCUCCUAAUGCCGAUGAUCUUUUUGAACUAGAAGUACAAACUCCACAAGUGCAGCCGCCACAAAUGGGUUCCUCUGGAUCACAUGACUCAAAAGGUUUAAAGGAAGAGCGUGCAGCGCAAAAAGAGGCACAGGCAGAGCGCGUGAGAGGGUACUCAAUACGAUCCUCAGACCAGCCUGACUUGAGCGGAAUUCUAGGGACAUCCGAAGCAGGAAGUACAGCUGAUAUAUGGGUCUCCAAGGACGGAAAAUACAGUAUCGGUCCAAAGAGUAUGCUUUCUGUACAGCUUGAUCAAAAUUCACGCGUUGAGAUCAAGGAUCAGAUACAGAUCUAUGCUCCAAACCAUUGCUUGACCCAUCCGCUUGUCUCACCUGCACUGCAACCAACGUUGGGUGGGCUUCCGCCAUUGCUCAUUCAGACUGGCGGAGGGGAGCUUCUUCGAGAUGAACAGAUUUACAUCGCUCACAAGGCUGCACAGCCACUAUCCUAUUUGCCCCCUCCUUCAAAUAACCAGACAGAGGACGAGAUUCAAGCACAGGCUUCUAAAUAUCAGCCAACUGAUGUGCAACUCCAGGUAUGGGACGAUCUCUGCCAUGUGUGCCCUACCCUUAGUUUUACACGACCAGCAAAGCACAUGUAUCGCAGCAUCGCACAAUUUGGGGCAUGGGCUCUUGCCCGAGCUCAGAAGAAAUCUAUUGAAAUCAUGGAGGAUGACGACAUUUCGUUCAUGAGCACUGAUUCGAGCGGAUCCUCCGAUUCAGAGAAUAUUGGCUCCUCUACUUCUUCCUCUGAUGACGUGAAACGUUCAAAAUCAGAGAGGUUUGAAGGUUCGGACGCAGUCAGUGCUCGGGAUAAACAAAGCAAGCUGAACAAGAGGGUUGGGAAAGCCGGCGAUCCACUUCCCAAGUUCGAAUGUCACAUGAUUCGCCAACGCGUCGAUAGACAUGGAUACAUUUAUCCCCUCCCUCCCAAGGAGGAACUUGUUGCGCUCAACCUUUCAAGAUCGGAUGUGGGUGUGCCCAAGCCUGGCCCAGUGAGUAAGUGGAUGAAGGCGCAACAAGAAUGGAACAGCAAAUUUGCAAAGCAGAAGAUCAAGAUACAGCAACAGCGCAUGAAGGACCUUAAGAGAGGGUUUGAGGGUUUUCCAGGAGAGACGCCGCCCCCGACUGCGCUCGCCGGUCGCAGAUUGAAGGGCAUGAAAGCUGAGAAGUCGAAGAAACGGAGCUGGGGGAUGUCAAUGUGGAGUGGCUGGGGAAGCCAGCACGAUAAGGCGACAAUCGUGCGCGAGGAGAAAGCAGAUAAUGCUCCCGAACAACUAUCGACUUCUACUGAUGGCGCAGUGGAUACCAAGGAAAUCAAAAAGAAGAGCAGUAGAAGGAAUAUUCUUGCAGCUCAUCGUGUGAACUGUUUACGUCCAAACUCACGGCACCGUCCAGUCACAGACCAAGGACAGACAGGAACCUCCAAUGACGAUGUGCCGAACGUCGUACGGCCACUCUCGGCGGCGGCUGUGGAACCAAACGAGCCAUCGAGCCAGGUUCCAAACAUCAUUGUGUCGGACAACCCACAAUCUCCCGUUACAAUCAUACCAUCUACAGAUGGGUCCAGCACGAGGCCUUUCAAGGGUGGUAUUGCAUAUCCAUUCAGCCUCAAGGUAGAUGGGCCAGCUGGACAAGAUGUCAAUGCAAGCACAGUGACACUCCAAAGCAUGAACAUCGCCACGCCGCCUGCUAUUGACAUAGCGCAAGGAGAGAAGGAUCUCGGAAUCCAGAGCUUGACAACUGAUGCGGUAAAUAAGCAAGCCUUGCAGGAACAGCCUGAUGUGGAGAGCCCCAUCAUCACUAAGGCCUCCAGCAUUUCCAUGGAAGUCCCGGCCAUUACAGAUGAGAAGACCGAGAGACCACCUGUGGAGCGAUUUGAAACCGCUAAGGAAGAUCUGAGUACACUUGCGACCACAGAGGAAAAGAAUACAUUCUCUCGCGCAAUCAAAGUGUCAGUCUUUCGUCCUUCUCCCUGCGCCCUCAUCACAGGUGUCGCCUCAGGCGUAGGCUAUGCCGUCGCCAAACUCUGCCUCACCCACUCCAUGCACGUCACCAUCGUCGAAUCCAACCAGUCCAGCCUCGACGACGCUGCGAAGACUCCCCCAAGCUCUGUAAUAUGUAUCAAAGCCGACGUCAGCUCACGCUCUGCCUGGGCCGCGCUACGCCAGGAAGUCGGCGACGUUCAUUUCCUCAUGUUGAACGCGGGGAUCAUGCGCCAGGACACGUGGGGCGACGAGGAGUAUUUUGAGAAAAUUUUGGAGACGAAUCUGGAAGGCGUGGUGAAUGGGUUGAAUGCGUAUGUUGGGAGUUUUGCUGGGAUGGGGGCAGAGAAGGGGAGGGGGGAGGGGAAGGCAAUAGUGAUUACGGGGAGUAAACAGGAGAUUGGGGUGGUUGUGCAUCUUUUGGUUCCCGGAUGGACAUUUACUGGACUGUCUGGGAACGCACCAGGCUCCACCAACCCCAAGCCAGACGGCGCAUGGACGCCAGACCAAGUGGCAGAGUACAUGUACAAGAAGAUGAAAGAGGAGAAAUUCUACACCAUCUGUCCAGACAACGAUGUCAGCGAGGAGACAGACAAGAAGCGUAUGCUGUGGAGUGUGGGCGAUAUUGUGAAUGAGUGGCCGCCUUUAACGCGAUGGAUACCAGAAUUCAAGAAAGAGGCGGAGGAAUGGAUGGCGAAGCAGAAGGUUUAA